UCGAUAUAAUAAUUCCGCGGUCACAUUCAGGCGGCAUUCUUUUGCAUAUUUCGCAUAUUUUGGCAAAAAAGUGGUCGAAACUACGGAAAUACACUGAAUAAAUCCCCAGCGCAGCGCUGCAGGAUCGAAAACACAGCGUUGGUGGAGCAUUCAGUGGCCGCCGGGAGUCGUUGAUGGUUUAAGGGAGACCCCGCAGGACAUCAAUCAGCAUGUACAACGGCAUUGGACUGACCACGCCCCGUGGCUCCGGCACAAACGGACACGUGCAGCGAAACUGGGCGUGUGUGCGUCCCGGGAAGAAGGACAAGGACUACCGCGCCGAGGACGACACCAAGAAGCUGGACGCCCAGCUAAACAGGCCGCCCAACAAGGAGAUCCUGGACCACGACCGCAAGCGCAAGAUCGAAGUCAAGUGCCUGGAAUUCGAGGAGAUUCUCGAGAAGCAGGGACGCACACCGGAGGAAAUCAAGACGCAGGUGGACUCCUUCCGCCAGAAGUUGAUGGGACAGGGCAAAACAGAUCUGGCAAAGGAUGAAUUUGGACGCGUAGCUAACACCACAACAUCCACGACUAUGGCGGCAGUGGGAGCUACGGCAACUGCCUCUUUGGCCACUGCAUCCACGACCACAACAACGAUGGCGGCCACCACAGUGCAGGUGGUGAAACCGAAGAAACGCCGCAAGCGUCGCAAACGCGCAGGUCACGCAAUCGCCACCACCACCGCCACCGAAAAGAGCACCACCAACCCCGGCAGCAACCCAAGCAGUCCCAGUCCCCGUCCCCAAUCCGGGGAAAGCCUCUCCUCCGUUCCCGCUGCCUCCGCAAACGGGGGCAGGAAGAGCAAGGCACCAUACUUCCAGCACGACAACCGGGAGUACCUGGCCAAGUACGAGAGCUUCCGUUUGACCGCCCACACGUGGAACUACGCGGCGGUGGCCAGGAAGUUCAAGCCCUUGCGGCCGGCGUUGGCAAGCGGCGCCAACAAGACCAGGCGACCAGCAGUCUCCAAGAGGUCGCAUUCGGAUUGCGCUUGCGCCUGCCAGCUGAAAGACCCGGAGCCGGCACUCGAGCCGGGUCACCGAACAGCUGAGCACUCCAUCCAGAAGGAACUGCCUGCGUCACGGCCCAAAAUCAAUAUCGAUGGCAGCGUGCUGCUCGAGCUACUCAAGUACUCCUCGAGCAGCCUGCUGGAGACACUGCUGGGAGCCGGCAGUGCGAUGGCCUCAAGCGCUCGCGACACCCAUCAAAUAGCUGAGGCUCAGCAGCAGAAGAACGCAAAGCUGCGCGAGGCCUUUAACAUAUCCGAGUACUUCGUGGAGGGCAGCAGCUUCGACAGCGAUCGCAAGGCAAAGGAGGACCUGGCCAAAAGCGUGGCUCUGCAAAAGGAACUGGACGCCCAGCGCGAGAGCCUCGCGGCGGCGGCAGCUGCCGCAGCAGCAGGCAAGGACAAGGAGACCGGGAAGCGCUAUGCCCUAGUGCGCACUCCAUCCCGCGAACGGGAGCGGGAACGCGAUCGCGAUGGAGGCGAUGCAGUGGCCAGCGGGGAUGAGCGCGAGCAUGUCUCCAAGUCGGACAAGAAGAAGCGCAAGAAGCGCGCCAGAGAGAGUUCGGCCAGUCCUGAGCGCAAGAAGGACAAGAAGAAAAAGUCGAAGAAGCACAAGAAAGAGAGUAAGUCGAAGAAGAAAAAGUCGCGUAAGCGCAAGCACAGCGAGAGUGGCCGGGAUAGCGACAAGGAUAGCGAUGAGGAGGACGACAGCAGCGAGGAGGAUCGGCGCGAGUCGAAGAGUGCCCGCAAGAAAGCCAAGAAGGACAAGAAAAAACGCGACAAGAAGCUGAAAAAGAAGUCACGCGCCCGUGCCAGCUCGACGGAUUCGGAGCGCUCAAACUCUCCAUCACGGAAGGAGAACAAGUCGGACAAGUCGCGUGGGGUUAAGGCUUCCAAGUCCGAUGACAAGACUUCGCAGCAGGACAAGGCGACAACGCGCAGCCGUUCUCGAGAGCGUCGCAAGGAUACAAAAGCCAGGCCACAGGAAUCCUCCAUAGACAGUCGACGACGCAGGUCGAGAGAACGGUCUGCGGUUACCCCACCACGCAAAGAGCCGGAAAGGCCGCGAGAGCGCUCAAAGGACAGGCAGAGGUCCAAGGAAAGACAGCGAUCGAGGGAAAGACUGCGUUCUAAGGAAAGAUUGCGGUCUAGGGAAAGACAGCGAUCCAAGGAGAGACAGAGAUCCAAGGAAAGACAGCGGUCCAAAGAAAGACAGCGAUCCAAGUCCAAGGAAAGACAGAGAAGCAAGGAUAGACAACGAUCCAAGGAAAGACAGCGAUCCAAGGAGAGACAGAGGUCCAAGGAUAGACAAAGAUCCACGGAAAGGCACAGGUCCAAGGAUAAAAAACAAUCGGUGGACAAAAGGCGAGACAGGUCCAAGGAUCGAUCAAAGGAAAAGCAGAGGUCCAACGAGAGGCAACGAUCAAAGGAGAGACAACGAUCAAAAGAAAGGCCGCUAUCCAAGGAUAGGCAAGGAGUAAAGGAAAGGCAACGCUCCAAGGAAAGGCAACACUCCAAAGAAAGGCAACGCUCCAAGGAAAGGCAACGAUCAAGGGAACGUCAACGCUCCAAGGACAGGCAACGCUCCAAGGAGCGGCAGCGCUCCAAGGACAGGCAACGCUCCAAGGAACGACAGCUCUCCAGGGAUCGCCCAGCCAAGGAAUCCCGGCCCACAAAUUCGCCUAAGGAGCGAAGCCCCAAAAAGAAGGACGACCGUCGUCAACGAUCGCCAUCCAAUGCGAGCAGGAAGCGAACCGAUGACACCAAGUUAAGCCGCAAUUCCCGAUCCCAAUCGCCAGCCCAUUCCCCAGAGGCGCCGCCCAAGAAGACGGUUCCGACGCCAGCCUUCAAUCCCUUCAAGGCCGCCGAAGACACAGUGAACGAUAUUCUGGGCACAAAGUCGGUGAUGGUGGCCCUGGAGCAGACCAAGCGACAGAGGGCGGCUUCCAGCUCUAGCUCGGAUUCCGAUAGCUCUAGUAGUAGUUCGUCUGCCUCUCGGACGCCAUCACCCAAGCCCACUCCCAAAAAAACAAAAAAGAGGAGUAGGACACCAGAGCCGAAAGAGGUAAAGAAGGAAGCUAGUCCCAAGAAAGAGCGCCGCAGGAGUGUGAAGCGGGAGCGUUCGAACUCCCCGCAGGUAGUUAAGUCAAAGAACAAGCUGGUUGAUCCGAGUCCCAAACCAGCGAGGCGUCGUUCCCGCUCAAGUUCCUCGGAGUUGCGAUACUCGCCUGCCGAACGGCAUCCGGAGCGCUACCAGGACAUUAUCCAGGACAAGAAGCGGCCGUCCAAGGCUAGGGAAGCCCCAUCCACGAAACCUGCACCAGUGGUCCGGUUAAGGGCACAAAGCGACGACGGAAGCGAUGCCGAAACAGGAGUGGAUGGCACCGCUUUGGAGGAAUUCCAGCAGAGUAGGCGGGAGCGCGAGGAGCAGCAGGAACUUCGCAUGCUGGAGCAGCUAAAGUCGGGGAUCGCGGCCAAGGCCAAGCAGAAAAUCAGGAUCAUGGAAAAGGACCCGGCCAAAGAGGGCAGCGAAGUAAGUGGCAGCGACCUGGUGACGGCUACUAAACGUAACUCGCUAAGCGAAUUCCUUGUUGCUAACAAUGUGACCGCUUUGAUUAAUCCACUGACAACGACCACGCCCCCUCCGCCCUUGGCGGUGAUCCUGCCGCUGGAGCAGCGCAAGGAAUCGCCGGCGCCGCUGCGGGAUCCGGAACAGGAGCUGUCCGUGUCUGUGGAGGAGCCGAUCAACAAGAAAAGGGACGCCAGCACACCGCCCAUUUGCAAGACGCCCCAUGUGGCGGCGAAUGGCGAGGCCAAGAGUCCGACAGUGGGUCACAAGAUCCACAUACACCACAGGCCGCCUCCACAGCACCUGCAUCACCUGCCGCAGCAGCAGCAACAUCCGCAGCAUCCGCCGGGGAAGCGCAUCUUCCACAACCGCACUCUGAACAAUAACCCUAACAGUAGACAUAGUACUAACAACCCUCAUGCAUGUGGUGGUGGCGGGGUCCCUCAUUCGAAUCCCAACAGUAGCACUAGCAGCGGAAACAGCGGCAGCAAUCCGGGGAUGCUGCCCUUCCUGGCCGGCACGCCGGGCACCUACAACCGCACCACCAAUCGCCUCAACCACGGCCCCCUGCUGACCGCCACCCACUACAACAUCUGCAAGAACCAUCAGCACAGUCUGCAGCAGCAGCAGGCCCAACACCUGGCCCGUGGCCUGGUCUAUAACUCGGCUCUCUUCGGGCACGGACCCCGGCAUCCGGGACUCCUGUCCCUGACGGGAGCUGGCGUGGGCGUGGGUGGGCAGGGUGCUCCGCUGCUGGGUCAUCCGCCGCUUGUCCGGGGUGGUGGCGGUCCCAUUAGCUUCAAUGCGGCGGCAGCGGCUGCGGCCGUGGCUGCCAAUAGUAUUAGCUACCAUCAUCAUCACCAUCAGCACCAACAGAAACCGAAAAUCGUUAUAAAACCCUUCAAAAUUCACGAUCCACAGCCCCUAGUCGCGGCGCUCGCGGACAGUUCGCUGGUGGACGCCAUCGUCUCCAAGGUAUCCACGGCCACCGUGGCGGCGGCAGCGGCGGCGGAGAGUGCGGCUCGCAGGAGCAGGAGUCGGGAGCGUAGGAGCCGGAGUCGCAGCAAGCGGCGCACGAGCGGAAGCCAUCAUCGCCAUCACUCCAGCAGCCGCUCGAGAUCGCGGUACAGCUCAUCCAGCAGUCGGAGCGGAUCGCGCAGUUCCAGGUCCCGCUCCGGGUCGCACUCCUCCCGCUCCAGCUGCUCCUCGCACAGCAGCUCGGGCAGCUCCUCCUCCGGCAGCGGCUCCGCAUCAUCACAGUCCGGCUCCCGGUCGCCCUCCAUCCCCAGGCGUCGCGGCUCGCCCAGCUUUCUGGACAGACGUCGCAUAACGAGUGCUCGCAAGCGACCGAUUCCGUAUCACCACAAAGCCACCGGGGAGGGGGAGGCGGCCGAGGAGGCCUCCAGUUGCUGCUCCAGUUGCUUCAGCCGCGCCAGCAGUCCCGCCACGCCCCUCCUCACGCCCCUGCGCAACAGCCGGAGUCCCUCGAUGGCCGCCUUCUGAGUGUUAACCGCGUCGCUGCGCAAGAUGUGCGGCGAUUCCUGAGGAGGGGACAUGGAUCACUCGAACACUCUCAUCAGCCCUAGUCACCCAUCAAUCCUAGUCAGACCCUCCUAGUCCCUAAGAUACAUAGUUGUUAUGCGCAUUUAACUUGUUUUACACUGCAUUCCGUAGCCCUAAGUUAGUCAUCAUCUGCCCAUGAAUUUACUAGCGAAAUUAUACUGUAGCCCCGAUAUUAAGCCAAUAAUACUCGUUCGUAAGCCUUUGCUCGAUUAUUUGCUAGUUAUAAGCUGCGUUUUAAUAUAAAUAAAUUAUUUGUUGCCUCUCUGAAA